CGACAGUCCCGACACGCAGCUGACGCAGCCGCAAGCCGCAACCUGUCAUUCUACUCCGAUGGCUUUUCUCUCCAUGGAGAUGGGGAGUAACUGCAAAUAAAUUGAUAGCUAAAUCCGUGAGUUUUUUGUACAUAAACGGCGUGCGUGCAAGAGAAAGAUAUUCUAGUCAGAGGAUUUAACGAAGUAACGAACGUGAUAAAAUGGAUGAGGCUAAAUUUCUGAAAAGGAAAGUGAGAUCCGGGACGCUGGACGUCCACCCCACGGAGAAGGCCCUGGUGGUCAAUUACGACGUCGAGGCGAUGAUACUUGGGGAACUAGGAGAUCCUAUGCUCGGCGAUCGCAAGGAAUGCCAAAAAAUAAUCAGACUAAAGAGCCUGAAUGCAGAUACGAAUGUUUCUCUCUUGGCGAAAGAGGUAAUGGAGAAAUGUUCGUUAAUACACGAAUCUAAGCUACGUGAGGUCGAGCAGCUUAUUUACUAUCUGAAAAAUCGUCGAACUAACGAUAUCAACAUGGGUAAUGAUAACAAUUCUCAGCCACCAAGACCAGCGUCGUCGAAUUCAAUGUUCACAGAGAACAGUGAGGUCGAACGUGCAGUCAUCAGCAAUGUGGAUGGUUACAUCGAAUUACUAUACGAGGAGAUACCAGGAAAGAUUAAAGGUUCAUCGUUGAUCUUACAAUUAGCGAGGGUACCCGAUAAUCUUUUGGAAUUGACAAAAAAUGAAUCAUUAUUAAGCGCAUUAGCUCGGGUUCUAAGGGAAGAUUGGCGGCGCAGCAUAGAACUAUCCACGAAUAUCAUUUAUAUUUUCUUUUGUUUCUCAACGUAUAGUCAGUUUCAUCAUAUUGUGCUUGAAUACAGAAUUGGUUCUCUUUGUAUGGAUAUAAUCGACUUUGAAUUACGUCGCUACGAUCAAUGGAAGGAGGACAUGGAGAAACGCCGGAAACAGUUUGAGAAUACCACCGGUCUGACGUUUUUCCCAGCGGUCAAUAAUGAUAACUGUGAUAGAAAGAUCAGGAUUAUCGAUGAUAUUUGGAAUAUGGAGGGUCCAUUGGAUUACGAAGUCAAAAGACGAUCCACGGAAGUAUCUGUGACUGUAUCGGAGAGUGACGUAAGAAAGCUGAAGGAGGAACUUGAAAAAAGUCGCAAGAAGUUUAAAAGUUUGACAAAGAAGCAAGAGCAGUUGUUGCGAGUUGCGUUUUAUUUACUCUUAAAUAUUGCCGAAAACGCUAUGGAUGUCGAAAGGAAAAUGCGUAAAAAGAAUGUUAUCGGUAUGUUGAUUAAAACGUUAGAUAGGACGAAUACUGACUUGUUGAUCCUGGUUGUCACGUUUUUGAAGAAAUUGUCCAUCUUUCGUGAAAACAAAGAUCUCAUGACGGAAGAAAAUAUUAUAGACAAAUUACCGAGACUUUUACAAAACAAUAAUGCUGAUCUUGUACUAAGCACUUUAAAAUUGUUAUUUAAUCUUUCCUUUGAUGCUAAAUUGAGAGCGAGAAUGAUUAGAGUUGGUAUGUUACCAAAAUGGAUAAAAUUACUUAGUCAAGCUGACAUAAAAAAUAAAAGCACGAUUGUGGGACUACUCUAUCAUGCCAGUAUGGAUGACAAAGUGAAAGCAAUGUUCACAAAUACAGAUUGCAUUCCCAUGAUAACAAACAUGAUAUUAAAUUCUGAGGAUGAUCAUGUAAGAUCUGAAUUAAUAGCACUGGGUAUAAAUUUAGCUAUUAAUAAUAAGAACGCGCAACUGAUCGUGGAGAACAACCGCUUGCAAGGUCUUAUAAAAAUCGCAUUUAGAAAUCAAGAUGCCCUCGUAAUGAAGAUGAUCAGAAACAUUUCUCAACACGACUCGACGAAGGAAAAUUUUAUCGAAUUUGUGGGGGAUUUUGCAAUGGCCUUAACUCAAUCUGACUCUCAAGAUUUUGUACUAGAAGUAAUUGGCGUAUUAGGUAAUUUAGAAUUACCUGAUUUGGAUUAUUCCCAAAUCAUUCAACGUUGCAAUCUUAUACCGUGGAUACGCAAUAAUCUGGUUCCAGGUAAAACACAAGAUGAUAUAGUUCUUGAGAUUGUUAUAUUUCUGGGCACCGCAGCUCAUGACGAAGAUUGUGCUCGUUUAUUAUGUAAGGCUGAUAUACUUCUUUCUCUUAUCGAAUUACUUAAAGCGAAACAAGAAGACGAUGAAAUAGUUUUACAAAUAAUUUACGUUUUUUAUCAAAUUGCAAAACAUGAUUCAACUAGAGAUUAUUUGAUUCGCGAGACUGGUAAUGAAGCCCCGGGAUAUCUAAUCGAUCUAAUGCACGACAAAAAUCCUGCAAUCAGAAAAGUCUGUGAUACAUGUUUAGAUGUCAUUGCUAUAUGCGACAAGAAUUGGGCGGCCCGCAUAAAGGUAGAGAAGUUCCGAUCACACAAUCAACAAUGGUUAGAAAUGGUUGAGUCUAUCGGAACAGAUUCGAUCAAUCAUAUGUUACCGGAUGAUGAUGAUGAUAGUCUGUCUCCAUUCAUCAGCGGUGAUCUUCUAAAACAUACUAUAUUAUUUCCUUCUGGUAACGCAGCGUCAUUUAAUGCAGAUGACGGAUUUUCGACUAUGAAAAACUCUUCGGAAUCAUCUGAAAAUCCUAGUCGGCCUGUCAGUAGGUAUCGAGAUCUCGACGACAUAGGCGAACUCGUGGCGCGUUCUAAGUCCCGCAUGUCAGUUGCUUCAGGUAUAGAGGAUUUGUAUUAUAAUUCUAGAGUGAAAUUCAGCGAUUCGGAUAGUUCCCAUGUAUUAAUCUAAAGAUUGAUUCAGUAUAAAUACGUGAUUUAACUUUUCAAAGCCUAGGACAUUUUACAUUAUCUUUGACAUUAUAUACGUUCAAUGUAAAAAAGUUUGCUACUAUUUACAAAAAUAUGGCUACUUAAACUGAAGAUUUUAUUAUAUUAUAGACUGCUUUGAUCUCAUAGUUAUGUAUUUUAGCGUCUUUUAUUUUUUUACAUAUUUUUUAUAUACAUGUGAUAUAAUUUAUUUACGAGCAUUAGCUUUACACUAAAGUGAAUAAUUUUAUUAUGUUGCAAAAUAGAAUAAAGACUCAAGUACUGACAGUGUCCUAAAUACUAGAAAUUUAAUUUUAAGUGUUUUUUGAAUAUAUGAAUUAUAUUAUUACAUAAUAGUAUUUAAUAUUGUAUUUAAUUUUACUUGAAUUUUUAAGGAGUCUAUUUAUUGUUAUAAUAUUUUAUUAUAAAAGUAAAAACUUCCAUCUUCUAAUUAAAAAAAUGCAUUUAAGAUUGAAUUUUCAGUAUUUGUGAUACUAUCGUUAAUUGAAUCAUUUACCUUAAUAAUUUUAAGUCUAUUCAGAUUUCUUUUUAUUGUAUCUGUUUUGGAUUUUGUGAUAGAUUUCAGGCAGUCAAAAUAGUGUUUAAUGUGUAUGUGUUAAAAGUAAAAUUAGUAUUUAUGAUAGCUCUCAAAGACAUUUCGUAGUAUUUAUAUUGUUAAUAUUAAUCAAUAAAAAGACAAGUGGUGUAAGAAGAUUAUGAUUUAGAAUAAUACGAUAGGGACGGAAUCAUACGUAUAUUCUAAUUCUAAGAGAAUAAUAACUUUUUCUUAUUUAUGGCGUAUAACAUAUUAUGCAAUAGCAUCCAAUUAGCAAACAAUGCUUUUAAAAGUAUUUUUUAAUUGAAAUAAUUUCUGUUACUCGUUUGAAUAACAGCAUGACCAAAAAAAGUUAAUAUGAUACAAUAAUUAAAUUAUAAUAAACUUGUUUUUACUAAAUUCUUUUAAAUUAUUAUUGCGAAUUAUUAAUCUAAUAUAAAUAUUAAAUAACGUUAAGUAAAUGUUAAAUAAAUAUUUUUUCUAAAAUAUUAUCAAAUCUAAAAUAUUAUAUCAAAUGAAUAAUUAAUAUAAAAUAAACAUUAAAAAAAUGUUUUUAAUCUAUCACUGGUGACAAUAAGUUUCAACCAUAUUUUGUUAAAUGUUUUUAUAAAUAAAUUGUGCAAUAUAUAGUUAAUGAAAAAUAAAUGUUGAAAAGACAUUUAAGAUAUAUUGUCUGCUGAUUGGGCAUAUUUAACUUUUACAUUUACUUUUUCACUUUCCUUAGAGAAUAAUCAAACAUGUACAUUUUCUAUGUUAUCUUUCACUUUUUAUUGCACCUCUUGUCCCUUUGUUUAUUAUUAACUUAUUGUAUUUAUAGUAUAUAUAAGAUGGUAUUUUAUUAUAUCAAUAUUAUAUGCAUGAUUUAUAGCUUAUCACUUAUCCUCUACGUGAUAAAAUAAAUUAUAUAAUUGAAUCUC